GAGGGGAUGGUGAGGGGGACUGCGGGUCCGCACGCACUGAGAGCUCGGCUCUGAGCUGCUGCGCGUCCACCAGUGUGCGUCAGUGAAGCGGGAGGAACACAUGUUCGAGUCCGCCUCUGGAUGAUAUGAGCUGCUGAGUCCUCUAGUGUUCACUCAGUUGUAUAUGUGUUUUUGGAACGGGAUUCUUUAUGGAUAUUUGCUAUUUUUUCCAAGUGUUUUGCAGUGGAAAGUGACAGCUGUAAGAGUUGAUUAGGGGAUGUAAGAGGAGCAGAGUAGACAUUCCUGCAGCGGCAAACCAAAAAUCGGACUGUCCCCCCCGACUUCACCUCUUCUUAUUUGAAGGAAAUGGAACCUUUGCUUUGAGGUGAGGCGACUUUUUAGCCUUUUGCGUACUUGCCACUGUGGAUUCCCGGAGCCAAAUGAGACAGGUUGUGUGAUGAGGACAUGCACAGGGGCACUCGCACAGUGAAAUCACUGCAGCCUGCCCUGCACAGCGCACAGCCCCGCCGUGAGCCCUCGCUGCUCCACACCGGAGCGGAUGUACCACUUUGAUAGAUUUAAAAAAAGAAAACAUUCCUCUCAACACUUUUUUUGUGAACAUGAUUGAGGAGAUCCACGAUCGCGAGUGUUAAUCAAGCUCUUUGUAACUCAACAGGUCCAAUCCAAAGCCUGGAAAUGGAAUUAAUUCAUGUAAUUGUGCUGCUGCUCUUGUUCUGGGUGUGCGCCGAGGCUGUCAUUAACCUUAAAUACGGAAUAAACGAGGAGAUGAAGCCCGGCUCCGUGAUUGGGAACGUGACAAAGGACGCGCUUAAACAGGGAUUCCAAAUCGCGCCGCAGCCGCCCUACUUGCGGGUCAUCUCCAAUUCGGAGCCGCGCUGGGUGGAACUGAGCCCAGCGGGGAUUCUUACCACGCAAAUGAAGAUCGACCGGGAUGUAGUGUGCCGCCAGAACCCCAAGUGCAUUAUUUCUCUGGAGGUGAUGUCAAACUCUAUGGAGAUCUGCGUCAUCAAAGUUGAAAUUGAAGAUUUGAAUGACAACGCGCCGAAAUUCCCCACCAGCCACAUCGACAUUGAAAUCUCUGAGAACGCCUCCCCUGGGACCAGGUUUCCCCUGGAGGGGGCUAGCGAUCCGGACGCGGGCAUCUUCGGCGUGCAGUCCUACUCGAUCACCCCCAAUGAGCUCUUUGGACUGGAGAUAAAAACGAGAGGGGACGGCUCCAAGAUUGCAGAGCUUGUGGUGCAGAAAUCACUAGACCGAGAGACUCAGUCCCACUACAGUUAUGAGAUCAGCGCUGAGGAUGGAGGAGACCCGCCAAAAAUAGGCGCGGUCCAAUUAAACAUCAAAGUCAUCGACUCCAAUGACAACAACCCUGUUUUUGACGAGCCUGUGUACACCGUUAAUGUCAUGGAGAACUCUCCCAUCAACACUUUAGUCAUAGAUCUAAACGCAACAGAUCCAGACGAGGGCACCAACGGCGAGGUGAUGUACUCCUUCAACAGUUACGUCACCGAGAAGACGAGGGAUGCUUUCAAAAUUGAUCCCCGCACCGGGAUCAUCACUGUCAAUGGCGUUCUGGAUUACGAGACCACCCAGAUCUAUGAGAUUGACGUGCAGGCCAAAGACCUGGGUCCCAACUCCAUACCGGCUCACUGCAAAGUCACCGUCAAUGUGAUGGACACCAACGACAACCCGCCCAUCAUCAGCCUCCUGUCCCUUAACACAGAGAUGGUGGAAGUGAGCGAGAAUGCCCAGCGUGGCUACGUCAUCGCCCUGGUGCGCGUCUCUGACAAGGAUGCCGGGGCCAACGGUAAGGUGCAGUGCCGGCUCCAGGGCAACGUGCCCUUCCGGCUGCAGGAGUACGAGAGCUUCUCCACCAUCCUGGUGGACGGACGGCUGGACCGGGAACAGAAGGACACGUACAAUCUGACCAUCCAGGCCGAGGACAGCGGCAUCCCCCCCCUGCGAGCCACCAAGUCGCUGGUGGUCAAAGUGACGGACGAGAAUGACAACCCUCCUCACUUCCUCAAGCCACAUUAUCAGGAGAUGGUGAUGGAGAACAACUUGCCCGGUUCCUGUCUGCUGGCGGUCUCGGCAGAAGACCCCGACCUGGGCAUGAACGGCACCGUGUCCUACUCCAUCGUCCCUGGUGAGAUUAAACACAUGGACGUCAACACGUACGUGAGCAUCAACCCCUCGGGCCGUAUUUACUCCAUGAGGUCCUUCGACCACGAGUACACCAGGACGUUUGACUUCAAAGUCCUAGCCAGAGACAACGGCAAUCCGUCCUUGUCCAGCAACGCCACCGUGAGAAUCGUUGUGCUGGACGUCAACGACAACACCCCCGUCAUGACCAACCCGCCUCUGGUGAAUGGCACCGCCGAGGUGUCCAUCCCCAGGAACGCCGGCGUGGGCCACAUGGUCACUCAGGUGAAAGCGGAUGACUAUGACGAGGGCGAGAACGGGCGCCUCACCUACACCAUCUCUGAGGGCGACCGGGCCUUCUUCGAGAUCGACCAGGUCAACGGCGAGGUGCGCUCUACCCGAAUGUUUGGGGAGAAUGCCAAGUCCACAUACGAGAUAACGGUGGUUGCCCGCGACCAUGGCAAGCCCUCACUUUCCGCCUCGGCCUACAUCGUUGUGUACCUCUCGCCGAACCUCAACGCGCAGGAGUCUAUCGGACCCGUUAACCUGUCCCUCAUCUUCAUCAUCGCGCUAGGCUCUAUUGCAGCCAUCCUCUUUGUCACCAUGAUCUUUGUGGCUGUCAAGUGCAAGAGGGACAACAAAGAAAUCCGGACGUAUAACUGCAGUUUCUUCUACUUGCGCAGGGUGGCCGAGUACUCCUACGGAAACCAGAAGAAGUCGAGCAAGAAGAAGAAGCUGAGCAAGAACGACAUCCGUCUGGUGCCACGCGAUGUCGAGGAAACAGACAAGAUGAAUGUGGUGAGUUGCUCCUCGCUCACCUCCUCGCUCAACUACUUCGACUACCACCAGCAGAGCCUGCCGCUGGGCUGCAGGCGCUCCGAGAGCACCUUCCUCAACGUGGAGAACCAGAACUCACGCAAUGCCGCUCCCAACCACGGCGGCUAUCAGCACCAGUUCACCGGUCAGGGCCACCAGCAGCCAGACCUCAUCAUCAACGGCAUGCCACUGCCAGAGACGGAGAAUUAUUCAAUUGACUCCAGUUACGUGAACAGCAGAGCCCACCUCAUUAAAAGCACAUCCACAUUCAAGGACCUGGAGGGGAACAGUCUGAAGGACAGCGGCCACGAGGAGAGCGACCAGACAGACAGCGAACACGAUGUCCAGCGAGGACACUAUGUUGACACGGCUGUCAAUGACAUGCUCAACAUGACCGUCCCCCCCAAUGUUUGCCAGCUGCCAGACCAAGGUGGUGAACCCACCGAAGGCUUCCACUGCCAAGACGAGUGCCGCAUCCUCGGGCACUCAGACCGCUGUUGGAUGCCUCGCGUCCCUAUCCCAGCACGCGUCAAGUCGCCUGAGCAUGCCCGCAACGUCAUCGCUCUGUCGAUCGAGGCCACCACGGUGGAUGUUCCCCACUAUGAGGACGGCACCACUAAAAGGACUUUUGCCACCUUUGGCAAGGACGGGCACGAGGAUGUAGAGCGAGGCGACAUGAAGGGUAAGCGGACUCAGGAGUCUCAGGUGUGCAGCCCCAAAGCCAAUGGCGGGGCGGUGCGCGAAGCCGGCAACGGGCGAGAGGCGGCCAGCCCUAUCACUUCCCCCGUGCACCUGAAGAGCCCCAUGUCCAAGCCCUCGUCUGCCUACAACACACUGAAAUGCCGCGACGCCGAGCGCAUCGCCAACCACAGCCUGCUCCGGCAACCGGAGGGGAAAGACAGUGAGCCGUCGGUGCGGGAGAUCAACACGCUUCUCCACGACGGCCGCGAUAAGGAGUCCCCCAGCAGCAAGCGCUUGAAGGACAUUGUGCUUUAGCGAGCUUCACCACAACACACUUAGUGUAAACUCACAUAUAUAUAAAUAUAUACCCCGCAAUAGCGUGCAUUGACACAAGAGUCCAACAGAGGGACGAGACCAGACACACCCAUUUGCAGUCUGCAAUAUUCAAGAGUGUGCUGCAGCUAGUUGUGUGCUCAUGCCAAGGUAGUGGAUGUGGCUUUGUUGUAGUUGCGGUACUUUUUUCCUAUUUGCUUUUUCUUUGUCUUUAUUUUCUUGCUAUCAGCAGUGAGUGGACAGGCAGGUUACUGUUGACUGCACGGACGUGGCUGUCGGAGCUUGCCAGCCCUUACGCCAAAGCAGGACAUGUUUGGACACCCCUGGGUGCCGACGCUUAAGUACAGAUAUGCCUUUUUCAACGACUUUUGUAUCACAAUUAAAUAUUUGCCUUCUUUGGUUUUGCAGUUGGUUCUAGCUGCCAAAAUCGCUCUUUGUUCCUUUGUAUAGUGAGCUCCGUUGAUGUAAUGAGAAAGACACAGGAUUCAUUGACAAAUAUACUUCUUCAGUUUGUUGCGCAUCCGGGAGACGGGAAAGGGUGACCUCUCCGUCUCAUUUGCGCCUCACCCUGCCAACUAAUAAGAGAGGCUCUCGCUGCAUCUCGGAGGAUAUCCCGGUGUCACCAGACUGUGAGGUGUUUACAGUGUUUAGAUUCUGUCAAUGAUGGAGCCAAAUGAACUGACGCAGCCUCUCGCAAAAAUGGACGGACCCGGCUGUACACCUCCAUAUCAGCGGGGGUGCCCAACCUUGAUUGUAGUCAGUGGAGCACAAGUUAAAAAGCCUGUGCUCCGGUCUUGUACUUUUUCUGACUUUUGACUAUGGGGCUAGGAUAGAAGGGAUCGUCACUCUUGUCUUGCUAUGUGAAACUCUGUAUAGGGUUGACUAUUAUCAUUUUUAUUAACCUGUUGUAAUGUGACAAUCCCUUUAAAUGUUUUGUUUUAACAGAUUAAAAAAAAAUAAACAUAAACAUUGGUGUUCGACUGAAGCUACAGUAGCGUUUGUUACACAAACACAAAAAUAAAAAAAAACAUAUGCCAAAAUAUAUUUUAUAAAUAAUUUAAAAAUGUAUAAUGAGAAUAUUUAAUGAUGUGUAGUUAUUCUAUGAGUAAGUUAUACCUGAAAUUAACUUGCUUUUGUUUUGUUUUUUUGUCUUUUGCUUUUAUAUUGAACCAGAUUUUGUUUUGUUUUUUUCAAAAUUAUCUGUUUUUUGGUUUACUGUGUUACCCCCUGGCAACUGUUGACUUGCAGUCUACCUUGUUGUAAAGAGUUUCUUAUUGGUCAGUUCUUGUGCCAUCAAGUUUCUGUGUGGGCUACUAGAAAAUGUAAAAAAAAAAAACAACAAAAAAAAGACAAAAAAAAGAAGCAAUUUCAGCACCAACAUUAGUGUGUCAGUCCAAUGAGCUUAGAGUGAGAUGGCAAAAGAAACCAAAAAAUUAAUAAAUAAAUAAAAAUGCAAACAAACCAUUAAUUUGGAAGAUGGGGUUCCACCAGGUCUCCUGCUAAGCCCAGACAAGUUUAGGCAAAACGUUUUAUUUUUUAAACCUCCAGUUGAGAGUCUGGGUUCACCCAGCACUUUUCUCAUGAGGCUCCACCUGUGUUGACUUGAUCAAGUUUUGAUCAUAGUGAUAUAAACAGAACUGCCCCAACCCCCCCCCCCCCCAGCAUCAUGCAGCAGGUGAGAAAGAUUGAUGUCAUUCUAGGACAUCAGCAAUGUGGGGUUUUUUGUUGCUUUGCAGUAAAUUAUGUACAACGUGGAACAUGUGAAUGAAAGUGGACAGACUGCAUACAUACAAAAAAAUUAGAUCUUGUAGCUGAAUGUUUUGCUGGUCUCACCCUUGGCUUCUGGCAAAAUGAACAUCGGAAUAAUCACUGAAUGUAUACAGCAGCUUACAAUUAAACUAUUAAAUGUGGUCUGCUUGGUUUUUCUGGUCUUUUCUGCACACACGUAAAAAAAAAAUGUAUAUAAAAAAGUGUCCAAUGUGUUCAUUAGGAGACAAUGUCUGAGCUUCAAGCCACUGAGUGGUCAUUAUCCCUUGGCAAUGUUUUGCUUUAUAUCAAGGAAGCAAGUGGUGGACGAAGAUAUAGAGCCAAAUUCUGUGGUGUUACGUGAACAUUUCAUAGCCUCUGUAUCGCAUGUAAACCUUGUUAAAAACAACACACAUCGCAAGACAAAACUAAAAGCUCAACCCUGAAACCCACAGCCAAUUUACCAACAACUAAAUAAACACAUUUAGUUUACACCACGAUACGGCACUGCAACAUUGUUGUUGUGGUAUCCCAAGUUAUCCCCAACCACAGAAAUGUCUGUAUUAUUUUUGUUGGAAAAAUACAGUUGCAAAUGCAAUCCCGGGAUGUCCGAAAAUGAGUUGGAAGAAGCAGAUCUUAUGUAAUACUUCCAACCAUGGUAAUUACAGUUUAGUGUGUUUAAAUGUUAUCAUUUUCUAGGAGGGAGAUAAACGAAUGGAGCAUGUGUGAAAACAGAUUAUGCAAUAAAAAGGCAAAAGAAAAGUUAUGUGGUUAAACAAAGAAACAAUGAAAGAAAACACAUUUUUACUGCUGCAAAUGGCAUUACAAGUUUACAACGACAGCAAUGACUAGUAUAUUUUAACUGAGCACAAUUCAUUUACCAUCUGCAAGAAGGUAAAUGAAUUGCAUCAGUCAGUGCCAUGCAAUAUGUGUCCAUGUCCAUUGUGUUUGUCGUAAUAAAAUGGAAAUUAACAGUCGCAAGUGGCACCGGCUGCAUUAAUAUUCACCACUCUCUCUAUUGCCAUUUCCCAUUAUUUCACGAGCGGACCUUUUGGGAAAAUUCCUACAAGUGAGGUGUGCGUCUAUUUCUGGUUGAGAGUGUUCCUUUUGUUUCUCGGAGUGCGUCACCUGAUGCCUUUUGUGAGACAAAAAUACACAGAAGUCACAGUAAAGGUGACAAGUGCUGUGGAAGGCAGGGGUGUCCAAAUUUUUUCCACCAAGGUCCGCAUACAGAAAAAUGAAAGAAUGCAGCUGGGCGCCGCUUUGAUGAUCUUUACAUAUCUGUAGAUAAAACACGGCAAAACCAAUCUAAUGUAUGUCAAGAUAAGCUAAGCAGUUAAAUACGCAGUACAUUUCCCAUUUUGCGCAUUGCCAUUUUGUGUGUGUCACAAAGAUGAUGAAAUAAACACAGUGGAACCUUGGUCAGCAUCAUUAAUUCAAAAUGUAACCGAAACCCACAUUUAACCAAAUCAUUUUUUCCCAUAAGAAAUAAUGUAAAUCUAAUUAUUACCAUCCAGAAAGCCAAAAAUGACUAAUAACAAGUGGUUUUAACAAUUAUAGUUUCUCAUGCAUAAAACAAUUCAAAAUGCAUAUAAAUACAUAGGAUGUGACCAAAAACAGGAAGGUGGUGGUGGUGGAUGAUCUCGCUGCCACAACGUGUCUUCGGGAACAUUCAUGUCAUCAGUGAAGCUGACGUUUGUCCCUUUCAUUCAUUAUUUAUAUGCAUAUAAUUUAGAAUUGUUUUAUGCCUGUCAACUAUAAAAACGUGUUAUGGGUUAACAGCUUUGAGCGUCAACUGCUGAUGACAUCACAGCGAGCUCUGUUCGCCCUUUUGUUUAGCUAGCAAAUAGGAUGCUAGCUGGAUUCACGCAGUGUAUUAUCAACAUAACAAUAUCUGCACUAUAUCGUACGCUAACUGUCCAAUUCAACCAAACCGAGGCAAAAUUGUGGCAUAACUUUUCAGCAUUUUACUAAGAUAACAUGCUAACAUAGCCAACGCUAACUGAAGU